GCUGAGUUCCCGCAGUUCGCCCGCUGCUGUGCAGCCGCCGUCGCCGCCUCGGCCCGGCACCCGCCGUCCCGCCGGGAAGGAGUCGGGACCGUUUCGGAUCUCAAGCAGACGGCCCUCUCCUAUUUAGUCGUGGCUUUUCCAAACCCUCCGAGGAGAGCGGGAUCUUUCGGUCCUUCCUGUAUAUCCGACCAUUACAGGAUCUAGAAAUGUCGACGACACUUUUAUCUGCCUUCUACGACAUUGACUUCUUGUGCAAGACGGAGAAGUCCCUGACCAACCUCAGCAGCAUGCUGGACAAGAAAGCCGUGGGGACCCCGGUGACCCCUCCCAGCUCCAGCUUCGCGCCGGGCUUCCUGCGGCGGCACUCGACCAGCAACCUGACGGCGCUGGCCGGCGGCUCCAAGUUCCCCAGCCCUACCGGCUCCAGCUCUUCUUCCACAUCCUCGUCCUCGUCGUCAUCCUCCUCCUCCUCCUCGUUCGGCAAUCUGAAGGAGACGGGCUCCGGCGGAGGCGGCGGCAGCAGCAGCCCCACGGCCCUGCUCAACAAGGAGAACAAGUUCCGGGACCGCUCCUUCAGCGAGAACGGCGAGCGCAGCCAGCACCUCAUGCAGCAGCUUCAGCAGCAGCAGCAGGCGGCCGGCAAGGGGAGCGGCUCCGGCGGCGGCGGCGGGGCCCCCAUCAACUCGACGCGCUACAAGACGGAGCUGUGCCGCCCCUUCGAGGAGAGCGGCGCCUGCAAGUACGGCGAGAAGUGCCAGUUCGCUCACGGCUUCCACGAGCUGCGCAGCCUCACCCGCCACCCCAAGUACAAGACCGAGCUCUGCCGCACCUUCCACACCAUCGGUUUCUGCCCCUACGGCCCGCGCUGCCACUUCAUCCACAACGCCGACGAGCGCCGCCCGGCGCCCGGCGGGGGCACGGCCGCCCCCCCGCCCGCCGCCGCGGCCGGGCCGCACCACCACCCGCACCACGCGGCCCCGCACCCCGCCGGCAGCACCGGCGACCUCCGCGCCUUCGCCCCCCGCGAGCACCCGCUGGGCGGCGGCGGCUUCGGGCACCCGCGCGGCGGCGAGCGGCCCAAGCUGCACCACAGCCUGAGCUUCUCCGGCUUCUCCGCCCACCACCACCACCAUCACCCCCCGCACCCCCACGGCACCGCCCCGCCGCCGCCGCCGCCCGGGGGCCGCCUGGACGCCGCCCUGCUGGAGAGCCCCGGCGGUUCGCGCACGCCGCCGCCGCCCGCCUCCGCCUCCUACUGCGAGGAGCUGCUCUCGCCGCCCUGCGCCAACAACGCUUUCGCCUUCUCGGGGCAGGAGCUGGGCAGCCUCAUCGCCCCCCUCGCCCUGCACACCCAGAACUUCGCCGCUGCCGCCGCCGCGGCCGCGGCCGCCGCCGCCUAUUACCGCUGCCAGCAGCAGCCGCCGCCGCCCGGCGGGGCCUGCCCGCCGCCCCCCGCCUCGCCGCCCUUCAGCUUCCAGCCCCUCCGCCGCCUCUCCGAGUCGCCCGUCUUCGACGCGCCGCCCAGCCCGCCGGACUCGCUCUCCGACCGGGAGAGUUACCUGAGCGGCUCGCUCAGCUCCGGCUCCCUCAGCGGCUCCGAGUCGCCCAGCCUGGACUCGGGCCGCCGCCUGCCCAUCUUCAGCCGCCUCUCCAUCUCCGACGACUGAGGGAGCGCGGGGCGGCGGCCGGGGGGCCCCGCGGCGGCCCUGCAAGUAAGUUACCGAACGAAGAAAGCGAAACCUCUCCUUCCUCUCUAUUUUUGGUUGGUUUUAUUUUAUAUAUCUAUCUAUCUAUACACCGAGAGCUGAACAA